CAAAAAGCAAUGCCCAAAAAAAAAAAAAAAACAGAAAACGUUGGCCUGUUUACUUUUCUUCUAAAUUCUCGCUGCGACACAUUAUCCCAUUUUCUCUUGAAAACAUUGUCUUUUUUGGUUUUCCCGGAUAUUUUACAUACCUCAUUCGUGAGAAUUCAUUUCCCAGAUAAGUCUCCUGCUUUGAUUUUUCUUUAUUUUUGCUUUUCCAUGAAGGGCUUAUCUUUUUAGCUCAAGUUGAAGGAUUGUGGAUUGUUUUGUUUCUCUCUGAAUUGGGAUUGUUAAUUCUUUGUGAAGGGGUGACAGCCCCUGGUUAUUUUUCUUUUUGUAUUUUCAUUUUCUGGUAAUUUAUGUCAUGUGUAUGUUGGUGUGGUAAGGGAAAAUCCCAUUAUACCUUGGAGAAAUUUAAGUUCUUGGAAUUGAUUUGGUAGGUUGAUACCCAAAAUUGGAGGUUUUGUUUGGAAUUGGUAUCUAGGUUUUGAUGGCUUUAGGUGCCUAAGAGUUUUUGUUUUGGUGUGCUUGUCUUAACUGGUAUAUUUGAGUUGGUUUGUGGAUCUUUGUUCGUAUUAAAAUUUGUGAAAAGUUAAUGAUUUAAGGUGCUUUGGCAAUUACUUUUGGCUUUGGUGGAAAUUGUAUGUGGUUUUUUCGCUGUUGGGGGUGGAUUUUUGACUUGUGUGAGAAGUUAGUUCAAGAGGGUAGUACUUUUUUUUCUUGCUGUAUUUCAGUUGAUUUGUUUGUGGGAUUUCUAGUUUAAGUCAAGUCAUAUAGUUGGUGGGUGGUAGUAUUUUAGGUUGGGGUUUUUUUUUGUAGUGACAAAUUGUUGGGUUUGCAAUGGGGAAGCAUGGUGGAAAGAAUAAGAAGCAAUCAGGACAAGCAGGUGAUAGUAAUGUGAAGCAAGGCAAAGUUGGAGAUAAUAGUUCAAAAGCGUAUGAUGAGGACACGGCAGUAUUCAUUGCCAUGUCUCAAGAAUUGAAGGAAGAGGGGAACAAGCUGUUUCAGAAGAGGGACCAUGAAGGGGCAAUGUUGAAAUAUGAGAAGGCCCUCAAACUGCUUCCAAAGAAUCACAUCGAUGUAUGCCAUCUUAGGAGUAAUAUGGCUGCUUGUUUUAUGCAGAUGGGAUUGAGUGAGUACCCCAGGGCAAUACACGAGUGUAAUUUGGCACUAGAGGUAUCACCCAAGUAUGGUAAAGCACUCCUAAAGAGAGCAAGGUGUUACGAGGCUUUGAAUAGGUUGGAAUUAGCUUUCAAAGAUGUUAAUACAGUUCUGAACAUGGAGCCAAAUAAUAUCAUGGCAUUAGAGAUUUCAGAAAGGGUAAGAAGUACUCUUGAGAUGAAACGGUUACGGGUGAAUGAUACUGUGAUUGAAUUGCCACCAGAAUACGUUGAGCCUCCAAGUGCUUCACAAAUUCCAAAAGUUGUCAAAGAGAAAACCAAGAAGAAGAACAAGAAGAAGAUCAAUAAAGCUGAAGAUAGCAAGGCUGUGGACCAAAUUGAGGAGAAGAAAGUUGAUGAAAACAUGGGUGAAAGGAAGGCUGAGGAUAAAUUGGUUGUGGAUGAGAAAAUCGGCAGUAAAACGGAACAAGAACCAAAGAAGACUGUGAAGUUGAUUUUCGGUGAAGAUAUAAGAUGGGCUCAGUUGCCACAUAAUUGCAGCCUUCUGAAACUAAGGGAAGUUAUUCAUGAUAGAUUUCCUAGUUCAAGAGCAGUUCUUAUCAAAUAUAGAGAUGAGGAAGGUGAUCUAGUCACUAUCACCAGUGAUGAAGAAUUGAGAUUGGCUGAAAUAUCAGCAGAAUCACAGGGUUCUGUGAGGCUUUAUGUUGUAGAAGUCAAUUCUGAGCAGGAUCCUUUCUUUGAGAGAUUUAAGCGCGAGGAAGUUCCCAAUCUUGACAUAAAACAAGGUAAGGCAGCUGAAAAUGGGGAUGCCAGAAAAGUUGUGGAAGCAGGAAAGGGUUCAUGUUGCAUUGAUGACUGGAUAAUUGAGUUUGCCCAACUGUUUAAGAACUAUGUUGGCUUUGAUUCAGAUUCAUACUUGAAUCUUCAUGAACUUAGUAUGAAGGAAUAUUCUGAGGCCAUGGAGGACACAGUUACAAGUGAAGAGGCCCAGGACCUUUUUGACAGGGCAGCUGAGAAAUUCCAAGAGAUGACAGCAUUAGCAUUGUUCAACUGGGGAAAUGUUCACAUGUCCAGGGCAAGGAAGAGGGUGUACUUCACCGAAGAUGGCUUGAGAGAAUCCAUACUUGAGCAGAUCAAAACUACCUAUGAUUGGGCACAAUUAGAAUAUACCAAAGCAGUUGGCAACAAUGUUGAUCUGGAAACUUGGUCUUCUGAGAAGGUCCUGCACCUUUAUAACAAUGCUGAGGAAAAUAUGGACAGGGGCAUGCAGAUGUGGGAGGAGUUACAGGGACUACGACUGCGUGAGCUUUCCAAAUCAAACAAGGAAGAAAACCAGUCCCAAAAUAUGGGAUUGAAUGGUUUAUUCAAAGAUAUAUCAGCAGAUGAAGUUGCGGAGCAGGCUAUCAACAUGAGUGCUCAGAUAAACCUUUUAUGGGGUACCAUACUUUAUGAACGUUCACUCAUGGAAUUCAAACUAGGGCUACCUCUCUGGCAAGAAUGUUUGGAGGUAGCUGUUGAGAAGUUUGAACACGCUGGAGCUUCUCCCACAGAUAUAGCUGUUAUGAUAAAGAACCAUUGUUCAAAUAACAACGCACUGGAAGGUUUAGGGUUUAAGAUUGACGAGAUAAUACAGGCAUGGAACGAGAUGUAUGAAGCUAAAAAGUGGCAGAGCAAGAUUCCCUCAUUCCGACUACAACCAUUACUUCGACGGCGAGUUUCAAAAAUUUAUCAUGCAUUGGAGCAUGCAUGAGUUGCAUGUUGUUUUGAGUGGGAUUUCCAGGAAAACUGGUGGUCGAAACGCAUUCCUAAGUGCUCAAUAUUAUUUGUAGUGGGAUACAAAGUCCUGCAUUUUUAGUUAGGUUUUCUUGCAAUUUUCCUUUAGAUCAAGCUUUAGCCUUAAACUUCAAGAUUGAAAGGAGAGAAUGUUGUAGUUCUUAAACUUGUCUGAUUCCUUUUAUCAAGAAACAUGUUCAAUUUUACCAAUAGAUGUUUGGGGAUGACUUGAAGUAGCAGCAGGGAUUUCAUUUUUUAUUGGUUUCUGCUUUCGCUUUCAUCAGCUUCCCCACCAAAGAAGCAGAAUAUACGCGCCGAAUUCUUCAUUUAGUUGCAAUAAGUUAUAGAUUGCUUACCUGAUUGAUUUAUUAUGUUUCUCAUUCUGAUUUCUAGCUUUGGUGUUUUUAAUAAGAAAUUUAGAAGACAGAUUUUUGUAUCUGAUUGAACAUAGGCUACUAAAUGUGAUUGAGGAUUGCAGAUUUAUUUUCAGCUUUUGCUUCCAUUUUAUCAAACACCUGAACAUGUUGCUCUGUUUGCACUUGUGAUCAAGACCAUGCUCCGACACAAGUUACCCAGAUUGAGCGAAAUCUCCUAGUUAAACCUCCUCCCCUCUUGUUUUUGCCUUUAGUUUUGAUUCUCCAGAUGAAAAAUUGGAAGACAAUAUGCCGAAAAUAGUUUGAGUAAACAUGAAGUUUAUAUGUACAAAUUUUUUAUUUGGUUUUGAAACAGAAAGUGCCAUAUUCAGCAGCCGAACGUAUAUACUGUCGCCUUACAUUGACUGUCCAUGUAAUUGGCACAAUUACCUUGACCACAUCAGAAAGGCAGCCGUUCACGUUUUAAUAUACAUUUAUUGAAUUGUAGAGAGAGCUAUAUUCAGCUGAUAGCAGUUAUUUACAGCAUAUGUUACAAUAGGCCCGGCAUUAUUGGGGUCGAAAGCUGACAAGAUUGGGAAGGGUGGUUUAACUGAAGCUU